CCGUGCAGAUGAAUGAGUACAAUUCGCUUUGAAAACGGUCAAGUCAUUUCGUGUGUUUAAUAGAUUCGUGUGCUCUUUCGCUAAAGUUGAAACGAUGACAACCAGGUACGACAGGGCCAUAACGGUAUUUUCGCCCGAUGGACAUUUGCUCCAAGUGGAAUAUGCUCAAGAAGCUGUCAGGAAAGGUUCUACAGCGGUUGGUGUUCGCGGCAACGACGUUGUAGUUUUAGGCGUUGAAAAGAAGUCCGUGGCGAAGCUGCAAGAAGAACGCACAGUCCGUAAAAUAUGUCUUCUAGAUGAACACGUUGUGAUGGCAUUUGCAGGUUUAACCGCCGAUGCGAGAGUCUUGAUAAAUCGUGCGCAAAUCGAAUGUCAGAGCUAUAGAUUAACCGUAGAAGAUCCUGUUACUCUAGAGUACAUAACUAGAUAUAUAGCAGGAUUAAAACAAAAGUAUACUCAAAGCAAUGGUAGAAGACCUUUCGGAAUAUCGUGUCUCUUAGCUGGAUUCGAUUAUGACGGAGUCCCCCACUUGUACCAAACAGAGCCCUCUGGCAUUUACUACGAGUGGAAGGCAAACGCUACGGGUAGAAAUGCUAAAACGGUUCAUGAAUUUCUACAAAAAUAUUACACACCGGAAGAAGUGGCAACAGAGAAAGGUUCUAUAAAGUUAGCUAUCAGAGCUUUAUUGGAGGUAGUACAAUCUGGGCAAAAAAAUCUAGAAAUUGCUGUGAUGCGACGCGGUCAACCUUUACAGAUGCUAGAUUCCGACAUUAUCGAAAAAUAUGUUACCGAAAUUGAGAAGGAGAAGGAGGCAGAGGCUGAGAAGAAGAAGCAGAAAAAGUGAUGUCUCUGUAUAGAGUUAAGCUUUUGCUAUUCAUUCGUUGUUUCAUAUAAAAUAAAUAUACAGUGCAUAGCUAAAAAUUGGAACAAAAAUAUCAACAUUCUUUUUUUAUUUAUAUUUUAUAGCUGUGUCCAUAAAAAGUAUGUAUACAUUCGUGUAUAUUUUUAAAUACAGAAUAAGAAAUUGAAGCCGUG